AUGGCAACGCUUUCGCAGGCUCGCCUUUCCGGGUGGGCGUCACGUUGGCUAACAGAUGAACUUGUUGCGCUGUCCAAGGCGGGCAAUUGGGAAUCUGCCAUGGCCACAUUGGCACAACUGCAGCAAGCAAACAUAGUGCAGAGCAAUGUGUUUCACUAUACCACUGUUAUUAGUGCUUGUGGUCGGUCAGGAAAGUGGGAAGCGGCGAUGUCCGUCUUUACACAUAUGGUGAAGAACGAUGUGAAACCCAAUGUUUAUACUUACACAGCUCUUAUUAGCGCAUGUGCUGCGGCCCAGAAACCAGAUGUUGCGCUCCGGAUGUAUGCUCACAUGCGACUCGCAGAGGUUCUUCCGAAUGUGCGUACAAUGACAGCGCUGGCGAAUGCAUGCUCCCGUGCUGGGCAAUGGGAGCGAGCUAUAAAAAUUUUGCGGGAGUGUGAAGAACUUUCUAUCGCACCAAAUGUCUUCACAUACACCGCCGUAAUAGAGGGGUGUCGCCGUGCAGGAGUUUGGAAGCCCGCGGUGGAACUUCUCAAAGAGAUGCGAGACCCUUUAAAAGUUCGUCCAAACGACGUGACAUACAACACAGUUCUUGGCGCCUGUGCUGCAGCUUCAGCCCAUGAGCCGGCACUCAAAGUGUAUGCCGCCAUGGUAAGUGAUGGGUAUAUGCCGGUCUUGUAUACAAGAACACUUUUGACAGGGUUGUUGAAGAACACCGCCCUUGACGGACUGGCGGAUGAAUUGCAGGUGCGCAAUGGCACAUGGCGCGAGGCGCACGUGCCAGAUUCAGACCCUGCUGCGAUCUUGGAGUUGACCCGUGAAGCGAGUGCAAAAGAAGAAGCGGAGGAAGUGCAAGAGACGGAACCAAAAAAAGAAGCUCAACUCCGCGCAGGUGUUGCGGGCGGGAAUGGGGAUUAG